AUGGAGCCGUCCUACAGAUCCACCAUCUCCAUCUACAAGAGUAUCCUGGAUGAGUUCAACCCUGCGCUGGAGAACCUGGUGUACCUGGGGAACAACUACCUGCGCGCCUUCCAUGCGUUAUCUAAAGCAGCCGAAGUCUAUUUUAAAGCAAUUGAGAAGAUUGGGGAGCAAGCGCUGCAGAGCUCCACCUCACAAGUGCUGGGUGAAAUUCUGGUGCAGAUGUCCAACACACAUAGACUCCUGAACUCCGAUUUAGACGUUGUGACUCGGACCUUCCACGUGGACUUGCUGCAGCACAUGGAGAAGAACACCAAAAUGGACGUGCAGUUCAUUAGUGAGAGCCAAAAGCAGUAUGAGCUGGAGUACCGGCACAGAGCCAGCAGCCUGGAGAAGUGCAUGACAGAGCUGUGGAGAAUGGAGAGGGCUCGUGAUAAAAAGGCGCGGGAAAUGAAGGAGAACGUGAUGCAGCUGCGCUCGGAGAUGCAGGCGUUCGUGUCCGAGAGCCAGAGAGCUGCUGAACUGGAAGAGAAGCGCCGCUACCGCUUCCUGGCUGAAAAGCACCAGCUGCUCUCCAACACCCUCCUCCAGUUCUACAGCAGGGCCCGGAGCAUGAUCCAGGUGAAGGUGCCGCAGUGGAAAGAGCAGCUGGAGGCCACUCGCAACCCCUCGGGCGGCCUCCUCACCGCUUCCCAUGGCCAGGGCUACCCAUCAGGCCGGCUCACGCCCAGCCACCUCGAGAUGCCCCAGAGACCCCUUGAGGAUUUUGUAUCUCCCAUGAUUGGGAGUAGAUCCAGUGUCUUCUCUCAGGAGCCUCCAGAAAUGAGACUGUCUCCUCAACCAGAUCCCCCCAGGCAGCUCCUGCAAAGGACACCGUCUGUCGGUUUGCUCCCUACUGGCCGUACUUCCCGCUCUGGUUCCUUUGGGGAAGGCAGCAGCAGCGAAGGCAGGAAGAGAAGCAACAUGGUGAGAGUACAGGCUAUUGUGCCCCAUGCCACGGGUACCAACCGGACCCUGCUGCGGUUUGACCUCGGGGACGUCAUCACAGUGCUGAUUCCAGAAGCGCAGAACGGCUGGCUUUAUGGCAAGCUGGAAGGCUCCUCCACAUGCGGAUGGUUCCCUGAAACUUAUGCCAAGCCUCUAGAGGAUACAAGGGACUCAGAGGCACCAGCCACCAGGUCCUUCCCCCUCCGAAGCAGUCACAGUAUGGAUGACAUCCUGGACCGUCCCAGCACUCCUUCCUCUAGCAAUUACUGGCCAACCACUACCCAGGCCCAUUUGCCGAGCCCACCUCCCACCUCAGUGGGUACCAGCAGUCACCAGAGUAGGGGAGCAACCCCAGCUGGUUCACAUUCGAAGAAAUCAGGAGUGUGGGACCAGCCUCCCGAACUCUUCCCACGAGGCACCAACCCAUUUGCCACAGUCAAGCUGCGCCCCACAGUCACCAAUGACCGCUCAGCGCCCAUCAUCCAGUGAAGAAGGGCUGCAGACAGCAGAGAAGAGAGCG